AUGAAAUUCGGGAAGUAUCUUGCUGGGAGGCAGCUCGAGCUGCCCGAGUACAAUGGCUACUUCAUCGACUAUAAGGCACUGAAGAAAUUGAUUAAGCAGCUCUCAGUUCCUGCGGCGUCUGUGCCCGGGGGCAGCGAGCUUCCGGAUGCGCUGAUGCUGGACACGGAAGACCGCUCAGAGUCAUACCAGCGACUGCAGGAGAACAAGGCAUCGUUCUUCUUCCGGUUGGAGCGAGAACUGGAAAAGGUGAACGACUACUACCUCGAGAAGGAGGCGGGCCUGAAAGUUGUAGUCGAUAUAAUACAAUCCAGAUACAGAGAUUACCUGAAACGUGGGAAGCUAAUCUCCAAGAAGACGUCAUCUUACCGGCACAUAAGGGAUGCGGUCAAGAAGGUCGAGCGUGACCUGACGCAUCUUGAGCACUAUGUGGAGCUGAAUCGCACCGGAUUUUCCAAGGUUUUAAAGAAGUGGGACAAGCGUUCGCACUCACACACCCGUGAUUUCUACCUAGCCACGGUUGUUUCGGUGCAGCCAGUGUUUACGCAUAACAAGAUCUCGAAGUGGAACGACGCCGUGCUGACAAUGCUGUUCGAGCUCGACGAGAUAAGCAACGAAGAUUCCGUUUAUUACCAAGAACCGGUUCAAAACAAGAACGCCUAUGCCGUAGAUAUGGACAGCUCGGCCAAGUUAUCUGGAGUCCAGAGUAUUUCCGAGUGGAAUCCGGCGGAAGCGGUUCCAUCUUCUGUGAACGGCCUCUUUGACAUUGAGCUAGAGAUCGAAGGGUGGUACAUGGAGGCAUUGCACAUAAGUAAGCUGACUGAUCCGCAACGGAAGUUGGACCUUCUUGGGUCGUUUGCACAAAGCAAAGUGCAAGCAUUUGUUGAUGAGCGUCUUCCGCAAGGCACAAUCGACAAGCAAAAGGUUGUAAAGGACUGUUUGACCAAUAUAUUUUUGCCACUGGUAAGCAGCGAUAUUGAUGAUAUUUCGCUCAAGCACUUUCUUAUUAAUGCUGUCGAUAUGAUAGACCUAACCUACUGUGACGAAGAGGACCUAGUGUUCUCAAGGAGAAAUGUUUUCCACGAGGCGGCAUGCUGCACCUCUGAUUCUCGUGUUUUUGUAUUGGAGGAAGCACUCAACCAAUGUAAUCAGUUUAAAAUCGAUCAAGCAACCAUGUGUAGGUUGCUCAAUGCACGGGAUACCCAUGGGAGGACACCGCUGCACUAUGCCUGUGACUUGGGGAAGACCGAUUUCGUUCGUCUCCUGAUUAAAUCAAGCUUGCUUGACACAGUUAAUAUCCCGGAUACUGAUUCGAAGACACCUCUGGUUCUGGCAAUUAUAAAGGCACACGCAGAGAUUACUAGACUGCUGCUGGUCGAUGCACAGGUGAACCCUGACCCGCAGAUUGAUGAAAGCGGCAAACCACAGUUUUCACCUUUGAGUGUGGCCUGCGCGAACAAAAAUCUAACAGCAGCUAGGAUGAUUCUGGAAAUUGGAAAUAUCAACUUAAACGACGUCUGUGAUUCGCAAGGCUUGCAACCACUGCAUAUUGUGGCGAAGAAUGGCGGGGAUGUAGAGUUAAUUGAAUUACUAGUGUCACACGGCGCGAAUCCUAACGCUGUCGAUGGUUUCAAUAAGUGGACACCGAUAUUCUAUGCUGUUCAGGAGGGAUAUGGGAGCACUGUUCAAAAUCUUCUGAGCAACGGCGCAAAGCUGGAUGUAGUAGAUGGUGAUAAUUUAUCACCUCUAUUCUACGCUCUCUGGGAAGGUCACCUGUCGGUACUGAAUAUUUUGUUAAACUGCGCUGCUAGCAGAAACCAGCAGCUGAUGAUAAACAGGUCGCCGCAGCUACUACCGUCGAAUAUUAUAGCAGAAGAUCAGAUUAGCGCCAUUGAUUCACUCAGCGAUAUACCAGACUUUGAAUUGCCUCCACCAAUCAUUCCCCUUAGAAAGUAUGGUCAUAAUUUCCUUGAGAGGAAGAUAUUCGUGAAGCUUUUAUUUUCACCCGGGAGGGACUCUAUAAUGCUUAAUAAAGAGGAUGAGAUGGUUCUGUCCUCUCCAGGACGGAUAACGCUAACGCCUAAUGUUUCAAAUGUGAUUCCUAGGAAUAUUCCCUUGCCAAUACAGGAUGAUGAAGAGCACGUUGCAUUUCAGGUAGGUAACUUGGAUAACUUGUCGAUUGAUUUUGAAUUAUUUCCUUCAUUCGGUACUCGUUUGAUUGCAAAGACCAAUGCUAUGUCGUCGGUAUUUAGGGAGGUGAGCAAACAGUGUACGAACGACAGACGUAUAAAACUGCCGCUUUUUGAUUCGCGUUUAAAGAAUGUUGGAGAGCUGGAACUUGCUUUCGAGGUUAUAUUUCCCUACAGCGGGAAGCCUCUAGAAAUUACAAAAUAUGACACAUACUGGAAAUCCACGACAGGUAGCGAGUCAGGUCCGAAUGGGAACCAUCUUGUCACGUCAUCAUCGCUAGCCGGCAAAUAUACAACGGUAUUAGUAACUGUUCUAAGCGAUGGGAAAGUAAUUUCCGCACCAGAUAAAGUUGUUUCGGUAUCAAACGGCGCUAAAUUACUGUUGAGUGACAUAACAUCCAGACAACUGGAGCUGAUCUGUGGUCAAAGCUUAGACGACUGUCCAAAGAUUGAAACCACUGAGCAGUUGAAUACUAUUCUCAAUGAGCGUCAUAUUUCUCUCGAUAGAUUGUUAAGUUGCACCAGUCCGGACAUACAACUUGACCUGGAGGUAUUUUUCCCUACAGCGCUCGAAAUAAACACCAUACCAGUUAAAGUAUCGCCUACGGUCAACAUCAAUCAGUUUAUUGAUGAUGUUCUAUUGACGACAUUCAACCACGUGCGCUAUUUGAACCAUAACAGACUCCAGCCGCGUUCUAUUGUCUUUACCUCUUGCAACCCAAGAGUGUGUUCUAUUCUCAACUGGAAGCAGCCCAAUUACCCUGUCAUAUACCAAAUGAAUGGCUUGAGGAAACAAAAUGGUCAAUUCACAAAGGCUACGCCACACCACCUGGAGUACCUAGCACAGAAUCCUGACUCGGUCUCGUUUGCAGACCCUUGCUCCAGAUGUAUCCGCGAAGCAGUCAACUUUUCGUGCAAUAACAAUCUUCUUGGCAUUGUCAUUCCUCUCGAUCUUCUCAGCAUCUAUUCGCAACUGGAACAGCACAUUCGGAACCGAGGUCUGUUGCUUAUUGGGUCACACAAUCCUGCUGCCCGUUUUCAGGCCGUUGUCCCCGCCGGGCUUGAAAUCAAUGCUGUUAAAACCGCGACCGAGCUGCAAUUCCAGGGUGCAAUCAACAUGUAG